AAGUCUAGUGUAAAUAUUGAUAGCGACUGAAAAACUUCAUGAAUCUUUUGGUGUCUUUGUUAAAAAAAAUUAUCUUAUUAAGCUUAUCUAAUUUUCUUUAUUCAUGUUCAAAAGGAAUUCCAAUAUGUGUUGGGAACUACAAAAAUUGCUGUGCAUUUUACAAGUGGAGUAGCGAAACCGGUCAAUGCGAAAAAUGUUUACCCGGAUACAGUGGAGUAAACUGUAGUGAACCUUGUCCUUAUCCUUUUUAUGGAGACGAGUGUCAAGGAAAAUGUGAUUGUGACAACUACAUUUGUGAUUUUUCCACUGGUUGUAUAGUUGGUACCUCUGAUGAUGGAUCUAUUUCAUUUCUUAGCAAAGUAACAGAAGGAGGAUUAACUGAAAAUUUUACUGUUUUUGAAACAGAGAAUUCUACAGAUUUUCCAGGUAGAAAUUCUUCCAGUGUAAAUGAUUCUCUCCUCGUUCUUAUAGAGGCACUAGGUGGAGUUGAUCUGUUAUUUAUAUUUGCUCAUUUUUUUCUGUACAUUCAUGACCGUAGAAAUAGAACUGAUAUAAAUAAAAUCGACACAAUUAUCAAUUAUCACCGAACCAGCAACGUGUAUGAGAAUGUCGAUAUUGAUAUUCCAUCAACAUCGGAUUUAUAAAACCAUUUUAUCCAUUGCUUUUAAUUUUUUUUUUGAAAUUGCUUUUGAUUUCGUAGUAAAAUAGCUUAUAGAAAACGAUGAAAAAUCUUCGCUAUAUUUUUUUUAAUUAAAGACAUUACAAUUGUAAAUUAAGUACAAGAGAUUCGGAUCAAAAUGAUAUAUCUCUAGAAUAUAUUAUUAUUUUGUUCUAUAUUGCUUUUUUUUUUACAAAAUGUUUUCAUGUGUUUAUGCGUUGAUUAUUAAAAAUCAGAAGAAUGCGAUACAUAUUUAAUUUUUUCGUAAAUUUCUUCUGAAAAAUAUACAUUGUGGUUGGAAAAUUGCUUAAACUUAAAAUUGAAAUCAAUUAAUAAAAAGAAUUUUGAACAUACAGUUAUCCAUAACUAAAUUUAAACGGUGCUUAUUUGAGAAAGAAGAUGAAAGAAAAUGGACCUGCACCUAUGUUUUGAAAUAUUUAUUCUAAGUCAUCUCUUAUCGCCUGGAAAUAUUUAUUGAUUAUUGAAAUGAUCUCUUAUAUAGCAAUACUAAUAUCUUAUUAUUGGUUUGAUUGACUUAACAAUUUAAUAAAGCUUAGAUGUUUUGUAACCCCAUUUUUUAAAGGAAACCUUUUUGAUAAUGUCAACCAAUCUUCCUGCAGAGCACAGGGAAUUCAUGUCCUUUUUAAAUGAGGGACCAAUCUUUCUUUUAAAAGGAAAUAAUUUUAGAAUAAGUGACAGUAAAAUGGAUUCUUCGAAUAUUUUCAGUCUAAGGAACAUUGUUCUGAAGAUUAAAGAGGUACAAUUUGUAGUGUAGAUUGCAUUUUUUCACUAUGAACCCCAAACCAGGGGUAGGACAGAAUAGACGAUCAGUCUUAUAUAGGAAAUUGAAAAUCUCUGCAAAUCAAUCCACUAUUUUGCUGAAGUAAAAGACAUUUAUUUUGUUUUCCUGAUAACGUUAUCUGACUUAUACUUUUUCGUACAGUUCAACAUAUGAUUAUUUAAGAAAAAUGACACACGUUUUACGUGACAAGACCCUUUGAUAUCAUUCACACAUUUUAUUUACUUUUAAACUGUUUGCAUUUUCCAAUAGAGAGCGACAGUACAACAUUUUAGUCAUAUAUAACAUGGACUACUAGAGGAAAUGUAAGACACACAUUGCUCUUCCCUUUAAACCUUGUUCGUUUGUGCAAAGUGAAUGAACUUAAAAAUUCAGCAUCCUAUAUACUUGAAUUGUACAGUUCCAAAGUUUUUAUUAUAUUGUUUAAAAUAAGGAAGCACUCAAACCUUUGCCAUUUUCAAACUUGUUUCCUGUUUUUACGUACCAUUAUACAUACAAUAUACAGUAAAAUAUGCUUUAACGAACGCGCUAAUAAUAAAUUCACACUUGCAACGAAAUGAAUUACAUUCCCUAUGGGGCUUUAAAAUAUACUAUGUUCUUGACGGAUAUAACGAAUAGCGUUUAAAACGACGUCAAAUCCGUAAUAAGCGUGUUUUACUGUA